GGAAUUCAGAUUUGGAAGACACAGACGGAGCUCGUUUUUUUCAACGAGUUCCCAGUUGUAUUGAACGCACUGAAGUCGGAGACUUCCGAGUUCCAAGUUCCCAGAUUUAUGAACGCAGCAUUUGAGGUUAGCUGUCAAAGUCAAACGUCAUACAGGUAGCCUAGGUAGGUAGGUAACCGUGUAUCUUCCGGAUCCUUUUAAAAUCAGCGGUUGUGCGACUUUACCCAUAGGCUUCAGUCUAGCGGUGACACAGCGGUGUCCAGCCAUGGCCGAGUCCCAGCUAACAUGCAUGGAGGACGGCCACAUCAAAGAGAACGUCCCGGAGUCCAAACCGGAGUUUUACUACAGCGAAGAGCAACGCGCGGCGGUUGAACAACUGCUCAAAAACGGCGACGGCGCUUUCAAAAUGCGACUGAAAGAGGACAAAGUGAAAGACUUUCUCUCGGCCCGUGAUAUUAAAACGAUAAGGAACACUUUCAAAGAAUAUGACACUGAAGAUGAAGAGAAGUGCGGAGAAUUAAAGGCGAAACCCGACGGUUCCAAAGCGAACUCGGGGCACCAUUCGACGUACUGGCCGCAGAUGUCGGAUACAGAGGUGCCGCCGUUGGAUCUCGGUUGGCCCAACGGGGGUUUGUUCAAGGUCACACGCGUGGCGGUUCACACGCACCCGCCAAAAGAGAACGGACCGCACAUCAAGGAGGUCAUUCGUAGGCUGAUCCAAGAAGCUACCAAGGUGUUAGCUAUAGUCAUGGACCUGCUGACAGACAUCCAGAUACUGCAGGACCUGCUGGACGCAGCGUCGCGGCGCUCCGUGGCCGUCUACAUCCUGUUGGAUGUCAGCGGGGUCCCACACUUCCUGGAUAUGUGCUGCAGGCUGCAGGUCGGAGCUCAGCACCUGCGGAACAUCAGGACUCGUACAGUUCAGGGGACAGGGUUGGGUCUGUCCUUCGGUAGACUCCUUGGUUCUUUGUGUAGUAAAUACAUGCUGGUGGAUGGGGACAAAGUCAUGUUCGGCUCCUACAGCUUCUCGUGGAGUUCGUCUCGGAUGGACCGCAACAUGAUCACGGUCAUGACUGGCCAGGUGAUCGACUUCUUCGACCGCGACUUCUGCGAGCUCUACGCCGUGUCCGAAAAACUGGACCUCUACAAGGAGUUCAACCUCAGCCCACCCCCCAACAUGGCCGCCGCCGCGCGGCUCAAAGUGGAGCCCGUAAAACCCCAGUUACGAGCCGCCACAUCCAGAUUCCAGGUCAGUCUAGGCAACUCGCGUGGAGGUGAUCUCCAGGUGCCUGCACAUAAAUACCACAACCCCAAAUACUCUUUGGUGUACGGGAAUAGUGUUCCUGGACUGAUGGGGUCCUUGCAGGAUCUACCAGGCAUAGAAAAGACGGCUAUAACUGCGGGUCCUGAGGGACUAAUGCAGGUGAACAGCGAGUGGUUGGAUCAACUCACCCCGCUACCACCCGACGGAGGGAAGGUGGGGCCGAAAAAAACCAACAGCAUUUUGGAGAAGAAAUCCCGCUCUUCUUUUAAGAAACUCUUCAAGGGGAAAUCGACAGCCAAUCAGAGCGUGGACACCGGGGUGAUAGCCCGGCAACCAGUCCAAUCUCCUCCCCCACAUCGUUGGGAACCAAUAGUAUGGAGGAGAUGAAUAACCUUGAAGUCAUGGUGAAACAACCAAUGAAGAGUAAGAAGUUUAAAGUGAGCCUGAAGAGUGCUUCUGAACAGACUGUCAACACACAAGACAAUGACAGCUUGAAGAGCCGCAGGCCAUCAACAAAGAACAAAUGUAGUCCAUCCUGAUUCAAAACCUGAGUCAAUCCGGAUUCAAACCACCCCACUCAACUGGUUCUCUGUGGGAUUCCAUAAUACCUUUGGGAUCUGGUGCAAUAAUUACUAUUUAUUUAUUUCAUUUAUUUCACCUUUAUUUAACCAGGUAAGCAAGUUGAGAACAAGUUCUCAUUUACAAUUGCGACCUGGCCAAGAUAAAGCAAAGCAGUUCGACAGAUACAAUGACACAGAGUUACACAUGGAGUCAAACAAACAUACAGUCAAUAAUACAGUAUAAACAAGUCUAUAUACAAUGUGAGCAAAUGAGGUGAGAAGGGAGGUAAAGGCAGAAAAGGCCAUGGUGGCAAAGUAAAUACAAUAUAGCAAGUAUAUAAUAAUAUAAUGUGUCAAUUCUACUUGCUCUGUACAGAGAUAUUCUCUGGACAAACAGAGCCGUGCUUAAAGCAGAGACUGGUGAUAGGUGGAACAGCGCCACUGGCCCCGCCCCCAGGCACAUUAGCUGUUGUUUUUCUUUUGAGGAAAAGAGCGUCCAUGUUUGAAGUAACGUCUUCGUCGUCGUAAUAGUGUAACGUGGACGUGGCGGUUUCAUCACUAUGGAUUCCAGGUUGAAGAAGCGCUGUCACUGAGCACCAAGUCUGUGAUUCCAGGUUGAAGAAGCGCUGUCACUGAGCACCAAGUCUGUGAUUCCAGGUUGAAGAAGCGCUGUCACUGAGCACCAAGUCUGUGAUUCCAGGUUGAAGAAGCGCUGUCACUGAGCACCAAGUCUGUGAUUCUUAUCUGACCAUGUAAAGAAUAACGGCAUGUUGCCUUGUGAAGUCUUGUAUGUAAUUCAUGUGUCAUUCAUUCAUGCGUGUGUUUCAUGCUGUGACCAACGGAUGUCAAUGAUAAGGGGUUGUGGAAUGGAUCUGAAUGGGUAUUUGAGUGUGUGUUUAUUCAGUACAUUAAAAACAAUCAUGUUUUUCUGA